AUGAACCUUCUGGAGCAGGAUCUCAUCUUGCGAUAUCUACGUUCGAGGUGCCAUUCAUGGAAUCGUCUUGAGACGGAAGGAUAUAUCAUAGGUCCCACAACCAUCAGAAACAAGAAAUGCCCACGCAAAGGAUCAAUUCCAGCCUAUCAAUUUCGAGAGACACCUCACACGGAGCUACAAGCUGCGGGCACUGUUUGUGCCAUCGCCCUUGACUGUGAGAUGGUCGGAGUCAGAAACGGUCGCCAAACACUCGCUUUUCUCAGUGCGAUCGACUUUUUGAGCGGCGAAGUGCUUAUCAGUCGCUAUGUGAAUCCGUCUGAGGAGGUGCUUGACUGGAGAUAUAAGUUCACUGGCGUGACGCAGACCAUCAUGAGUAGCGCCGUUGCCUGUGGUGCAGCAUUUAGAAACUGGCGAGAGGCACGCGAUAAAUUGUGGGAGUUUAUGGACGAUUCGACCGUGUUGGUUGGUCAUUCUCUCCAGUACGAUCUUGAAGUACUAGGCAUGGCUCAUGCUAAAGUUGUUGAUUCUGCGAUAUUGACUGCUGAGACUGUCUACCCUUCCAUUCCAUCAACGAAGCCAUUGACCCGCAACUGGGCGUUGAAAACACUUGCGAAGGACUUUUUGGGCUUGAACAUACAGACUAGCGAUUGCGGGCAUAGUGCUUUAGAAGAUGCAUAUGCAGCACGAGAUGUCGUCAUCUGGUGUAUCAGGAACCCGGAGGACCUUAAAGUAUGGGCGGAAAAAGCUCGACUCCAGGAAGAGAACAAGCUCGCACAGAGCCGACAAAGAUAUGGUAAAAGCAAGUCCAAGGGCAAGUUUCCUGCCACCCAUUCUACUCCAAUUUGGGAACGUAAUACAGCAUUCGACGAUGACCCCGAAGAUAUUCGAUAG